UUGUGUCUUCGUCGGCGGCGAGGAGAACUCAGACACCGGCGAUUCCGUCACCGCCCGCCCGCCAGAAUAACACAAAUUCUGCUAUUUGAUUGUUGUAUUUCUGUUUCAGCAGCCUGGUCAGUUCGAAUUCACAUUAUCUCCGUGCCUCUGAUCUGUUUUGUUCAAAAACUAUGCUCAUUGCCAUACAAAAUUUCAAACACAAAAUCUUAUUCGCCAAAUGCUUCGAUCAACCAUCAGAUUCUUCCCCAAAUCGCAAUUCCCGUUCUCUAUCUUCUUCUGUAGUCCUUCAACAUCCGCCGCCGCCCUUGCCGUUGCACACGACGAGCCCUCUAACCCCACCGCCUCUUCUUCCCAGUUUUUCCCAACUAAAAAUGAAGCUGUCUCAAAAUUACUCCUCUUCCUUUUCAGUACCGUCUCCAUCAAGGCUCCCUCGAUCACGAAAUUACGCGGCGACCCACCACUUGAAGCCUGGGUGUCGGGGGUGAAUGCCUCCGAAAUGGAGGGCAUUGUUGAGUUGCUGAGGCGCAAGAAGCCGCAGCUGGCUCUCGACUUCUUCUUCUUGUCUAAGAACAAGUAUGGAUUUAAGCAUUCCAUGUCCUGCCACCUCAUCAUAGCCCAUGUUUUGGCGGGAAGGCAGCGAUUAAGGGGGCUGAAGUUCCAUUUGCAGGAAAUGGUUAAAGAAGAAGGCUCUGGUUCUGCACCCGCACUUUGUGAGUUGCUUCAGAAUAACUUCGAUUAUUGGGUUGCUCAUAAUGUGGUAUGGAAUAUGCUGGCCUUUGCUUAUUCCACAUCUGAGAUGGUUGCUGAUGCGCUUUUUGUUCUAUCCAAGAUGAAAGAUUUGAAUCUUCAAGUUUCAAUAAGGACAUAUAAUAGUGUGUUGCAAUGCUUAACUGAUGUUUACAAUGAAAUAAAAGCUUCCCAAAGUGAAUACACAAAUUCUAUCCUUAUCAAUGGUCUAUGCAGACCGAUCUUGGUGCGAGAAUCUGGAAUUUCUGUUGUUUGCUUCAAUUCCAUCAUGUCAGCUUUCUGUAAAAUGGGUCUUGUGGAUGUUGCAACAUCAUUUUUUUGUAUGAUGUUCAAGUGUGGGAUACAUCCUGAUGUAUGUAGUUAUAAUAUUCUUAUUCAUGGUUUAUUUAUAGAUGGUUCUAUGGAAGAAGGACUUAAGCUUGCAAGUGACAUGGAAGUGCAUGGGUUGGAGCCUGAUCUAGUGACUUAUAACAUCAUUGCCAAAGGGUUUCAUUUGCUUGGUAUGAUGAGUGAGGGCUCAAAUAUAAUUACCCAUAUGUUGCAGAGAGAUAUACUUCCCAAUAUUGUCACUUACACAACAUUAAUUUCUGGGCAUUGUCAAAUAGGCAAUGUCAGCGAAGCAUUUAGGUUGAUGGACGAGAUGCGUUCACGAGGGAUUCAGAUUCCUGAAAUCACAUACAGCAUGUUACUUCACAGCUUGUGUAAGAGUGGAUUUCUGGAUGAUGCUUUAAAUCUGUUUCAUGAGAUUGAAGCCGAUGGUUUAGAACCUGAUAUUGUCAUGUAUUCUAUUCUCAUCCACGCUCUAUGCAAGCAAGGACGGGUUCAUAAAGCUGUGCAAUUGUAUAAAGAAAUGUGCUUGAAGAAAAUCAAUCCAAAUUCUUUUGCACACAGAUCCAUUCUGUUUGGCCUUUGUGAGAAUGGAUUAAUAAAAGAGGCAAGAAAGUAUUUUGAUGUGUUGACAAAUGAUGACUUGAUGGAUGACAUUGUUUUGUAUAAUAUUAUGAUCGACAGAUAUGUAAAACAUGGUGAUGUUAGAGAAGCUGGUCGGCUAUAUGAAUAUAUAUUGAAAAGAGGAAUUACACCAAGCACAAUCACAUUCAAUUCUAUGAUAUAUGGGCUUUGCAAGGCUAGAAAGGUAAGAAACCUAUUAGAGGCAAGAGAGUUGAUUAAAAAUAUUUACUCGAAUGGUCUUGUGCCAAGUGCAGUAACUUACACAACUUUUAUGGAUGCAUUUUAUGAAGAAGGAAACAUAAAAGCUGUUUUUGAAAUGCUCAGCGAAAUGGAGGCAAAGCACAUAGAACCAACUUGUGUUACUUACACAGUGAUUAUAAAGUCGUACUGUAAAAUAGGGAGGUUGCAGAAAUCUGUUCAAAUACUAAAGGAUAUGUUUGCCAAGGGACUUUCACCUGAUGGACAGUCUUUCAACACUGUCAUACAGGGGUUUUCUCAAGCUGGGGAUAUGAAGAAUGCAUUUUGUUUACACAAUGAGAUGCUAAGGCAUAAUCUUCAGCCCAGUCAUGUCACACACAACAUUCUCAUUAAUGGUCUAUGUAUGUUUUGGGAUCUAAGGGUUGCUGAUACAUUUUUCUCUUUUCUUCAAGAUCAGAAUAUGGGUUUGUCAAAACAAGCCUAUACCACUCUUAUAAAAGCACAUUGUGCAAAGGGUGAUGCAAAGAAAGCAAUGUUGCUAUUCCAGCAAAUGGUAGAGAAUGGAUUUGAAGUUUCAAUUAGAGAUUACAUUGCUGUGAUUAAUAGGUUGUGUAAGCACCGUUUGAUACAUGGAGAAAUAUGUUUUAAAAGAAUUUUGCACCAUAGAAAUGACCAUGAUUCCAUAUAUCAGUUAUUGUCUUUGGUGAUCAAAUGUGGUUUAGAUCAGUGCUAAGUCUCUGUCAAAUGUAUAUGCAAGUGAUGGAAAAUUAUUGUUCUCAUUGUUUGGAAACUUGUUGAUGGAUGAAAUCUGAGUCAGAUUGCUGCAUUGCGUCUGACUAAGUGCUCUAGUGGGAAGAGCAUAUGUUCCACACUUGCUGCAUUGCGUCUGAUUGUGUUGUGUACUUGUGUGUCUUCAGGCUUAUGGGAAGAGCAUAUAUUCCACACUUGGAUUAAAAAGAAAUAUGAGUUUCUUGUUGGACUGGACUUCUGCUUUUAUUUGUGCUGUGGAUUAAUUCUGUGAAAUGGUCUGCGUGUCCUGCAUUUGUCUUUUAACAAUUCUCAGUCGUGUUGAGCAUGAGCUACAGGUCAUGAGGAAGGGAUUUCAGAUAAAACAUCAACUGCACCUGCUACUCUGCUAGUGAAGUUCAAUGCAGAAACAUUGUGAAGACUGAUGAAAAUUCUUGUGGACAUCCCCCAGGACUUGAGCUGCAAGACAUGCAUAAUAGUUAGGACAAAGACAACAUCCUGCAUUCUGGCUGCAGCUCGUCCUAUGUCAGGUUUAAUGGCCAACCUGCACUUUUGCCAUUUUAAAAAACUUUUUCUGGUUCCAGAUUACAAUCCGAGUGGAAUAGCAGUCCUAUAAGAAUGGCAAAAGCAGACAGGAGAUUCUGAAAGAACAGCGGUUGGAGGCAGGGUCUUCUUUGUCAUCAGGUAUGAUCUUGUUAUACUUAUUUUUCUUUCUUGAUUUGUGAAUAUAUCCUCUGCAUCUAUAACAACUGUCCAUAUGAUUGCAUCUUGAACCCAAAUUGUGUUGGCAGUAUGAGAGUUGUUGAGAAUUUUGUAUUUGAAAUAGUAGUGACAUUUUGGUUAGUAUAUUUAAUUGAAAGUACUCAUUGAUGGUCCUUAAAAACAAUAGUCAGAUGCAAGUUCUUCCUAUGGCUCAGAGACAGUCAGAGAGCCAUCGGAAGUAAGAUCAUGGAGUAAUUAA